CUUUACCAUGUGUUAUACUACUACUCUCUUCAACAUUUUUUUAGUUGAAAGCAUUUAUUCUCAUCAUAUUAAAAAUUGGGCACAUGCGCCGAAGAGCAGCGCGUGAAGAAGAAAGAGUGGGAAAGAAAAUUAGUAAGCGGUUCAAAGAGGCUGAAAAUGUUGACACCAACCAAUACAAGUAUAAAAACCCUCAAACCAUACCACCUAGCUAAUUAAAAAAGGUAAACAAAAGCAUUCCACCGUGAUGGCAGCAAACAGUGAUAAAAACAGGAGGUUGCAUUGGACAAACCAGAAGCACUUGCAUUUCUUGAACUCAAUGGAAGCUUCUUUUGUUCAAUCCAUGCUCCAAAAUAACUCCCGCUUUCCCCCUCUCCACCGUUAUUUACCAGACUCCUCUGAUUCUACCCUGGAUUUGGACAAGUUUAAAUCAUCUUCCUCCACUUUUCAUACAGAUAAUGUGGAGUCCAGUGUGAGAAGGACAAAGAUAAAGACAAAGACGAGAAUUUUAUCAUGCCAAAAAUCUUCUCAGGAUCAGGUGGUCCCAGAAUUUCAGAACAAGGGAGAUGAGAAAAGAUAAUCUUGAUGUCGCACAACCCAUCAAGAAAAUAAUUUUAUCACUUCAACUAGUUUUUUUUGUUUAAUUUUAUUUUACUUUGGAGAAUUGACUAUCUAAUUAGUGUGUUAAAUUUUAAUUGAACCUCUAUGUAAUUUGUUCUUUUGUUAUUUGGGUAAGUAAAAUAGCUUCGCCGCCUAA